CGUCUCCCGGUGAGAUGAAGCUGGGCGGUCUGUGCACGCUGAACGUUGGCGGGCGGCGGUUCCGGUUGUCGGCGGAGCUGCUGCGGCGGCUGCCUCUCAGCAGGCUGAGCCGGCUGCAGCGCUGCGUGUCGGAGAGCGAGCUGCUGGAGCUCUGCGACGACUACGACCGCGACCGCAACGAGUUCUUCUUCGACCGGCACGCCGAGGCCUUCAGCUUCAUCAUGCUGUACCUGCAGCACGGCACGCUGCGCUUCGUGCCGCACAUGUGCGAGCUGUCCUUCUACAACGAGAUGCUGUACUGGGGCCUGGAGAGCGCCGACCUGCAGCCGUGCUGCCAGCGCCGCCUGGACGACCGGCUGUCCGACUGCUUCGUGCACUUCUUCCCCGAGGAGGCGCCGGCGCCGCCGCCGGGCCGCGAGGAGCCGUGCCGCCGCCGCCGCUGGCUGGAGUGGAUCCGGAGGACGCUGGAGGAGCCAGCGUCCUCGCUGCUCGCCCAGGUCCUCGCCUCCGUGUCCAUGCUGUUCGUGCUCGUCUCCAUGGUGAUGCUGUGUGCCAGCACCUUACCGGACUGGAAGACCACCGAGAGCCUGGAGCAGCACAGGACCAUCGAGGCGGUGUGUAUCGGUUGGUUCACGGCUGAGUGUGUGCUGCGGUUCCUGGUGUCGGGGGAUAAGUGUGAGUUUGUGCGUCGUCCCCUGAACGUGAUCGACCUGCUCGCCAUCACGCCGUACUACGUGUCGGCGGCGGCGGCGCGGCUGACGGGGGAGAACUCUCAGCUGCAGCGAGCCGGCGUGACGCUGCGCGUGCUGCGCAUCAUGAGGAUCUUCUGGGUGAUCAAGCUGGCGCGGCACUUCGUGGGCCUGCAGACGCUCGGCCUCACGCUGCGCCGCUGCUACCGCGAGAUGAUGAUGCUGCUGGUCUUCGUCUGCGUCGCCAUGGCGAUCUUCAGCGCGCUGGCCCAGCUGCUGGAGCACGGCCUGGACCUGGAGGCCAGCAACCAGGACUACGCCAGCAUCCCCGCCGCCUGCUGGUGGGUGGUCAUCUCCAUGACGACGGUGGGCUACGGCGACAUGUACCCGGUGACGGUGGCGGGGCGCGUGCUGGGCGGAGUCUGCGUGGUCAGCGGCAUCGUGCUGCUGGCGCUCCCCAUCACCUUCAUCUACCACAGCUUCAUACAGUGCUACCACCAGGUCAACAUGCUCCGCCCCCUGGGCAGGUCACCUGGUGAGGUCAUCACCUGAUGAUGUCAUCACCUGGUGAGGUCAUCACCUGACCAGGUCAUCACCUGGUGAUGUCACAGACUUUGAAUCUUUUAAUCAUCAAAUCUAAAAAUGUGAUUUUUUUUUACGGAAACUUUCCACUUUAUUGAACCAGUUUGUUGUGCAGACAGCUGAUUGGUCAGAUUAUGUGUGAGCCACGCCCCCCUGUGACCAUAUAAGGAGAUAUGUGUCCUGGUGCCCUCAGCACCGACUGUCAGGUGGAGGACAAAUUUCAUUCAUGAUUUUAUUAUAAACAUUUUCUAUUGAAGGUUUAUAAAUGAAUGUUUUUAUAUACGUUUAAUUAAAAGGUUUUAUUGUCAUCAACCUUAAACUGCAGCAACACGUUUUUAAUGGAAUAAAAUAUUGAUGAAUCUUUAAUAUAUUGAUGAGUUUGUGCCUGAAACGUUGACAGGAAGUGACUCGUUUCUUACAAACAAAUGGGACUAAAAAUUCCCAUAAAUAUGAAUUAAUUUACUGAAAACUUUCUCCUGGAUGUUUGUUGUUUUUUUAAUUAACAAAAUUUAAAUGAAAGUGAUGAUUAUUAUGAGUGAAGCUGAAACAAAGUUUAUAACAAAGUUUAUCACUGAUUGUAUGAAUCAUUUCUCUGAUGAUGUUUUUAUAUUUCUCCUGUGCAGCUUAUUAUUAUUAUUAUAUCAGUAUUAUAUUAUUGUUAUGUUAUUAUUAUUAUUAUUAUA